AGAGCCGGGAAGGUCGUGGGGAGCAGCCGCGCGAGCGUCGCGACCAAUCCGGACACUUGGCGUUUCUCGAUCGCGGCGCGCGGAUGCCGUGAUUGCCCCCGUCCGUGUCCGCUGCUCGCCACGAUCGCACGCCGAGUCAUCCGCGUCAGCCGCGCCGCGUCGACGACUCGCACCCGCGAACAGGCCUGGCCAUGUCGGUGAUCUACAAGAACUCGAUGAACGCCAUCGGCAAGUUCGUGCCCGAGAAGCUGCAGCCUCUGUGGAAACAUCCAGCUGGUCCACAGACCAUCUUCUUCUGGGCACCGGCCUUCAAGUGGGGCCUCGUAAUCGCCGGCAUUGGUGACUUGCAGAGACCACCGAACAAAAUCUCCCCCACUCAGUCCUGUGCCCUGGGUAUCACGGGGUUGAUCUGGACCAGAUACUCCCUGGCCAUCAGCCCGAGAAACUGGAAUCUCUUUAGCGUGAACCUCUUCGUCGCGUUCACGGCUAUAUACCAAAUAACGAGGGCCCUGAGGUAUCACCGCCAGCAAGCAACUCUGAAGGCAACGAAAGCGAUCCCGUCAGACGCAGCUCACUGACGAUAACUGUACAUAUAGAUAUAGAUACACAUUCCUAGGGAAACGAAGGAAAGAAUAUUUAAUUCUUCGCUAAGUUUGAAAUGUUUAGGUUACCAUUUUAGCACGUCGGGACGAGUAGUCUAGUGACGUGAUAUCUAGCGUAUCCGACCAAUAUGUCUAAAUAACGAAUGUGAAACUUCAAGGACGAAUCAGUGGUACAUUAAGUCAGGUCUUAACUUUAAAAUUACGAAAAGAUAUUACGUUCGAUCUGUCUAUGCUCGCAGCAUAUUCUCUAAUAGUCUAAUGGACCUGAACCACCCGGUAAACGCAGUUUGUAGCAGUUACAUCAACGUUAUGUAAAUGCCACAUUUGUGUUCGCUGAGUAAUGUCGUCCCCAAAUAACUUCAAGAUAUUCGAUUGUCGUCGUUUGCAAAUGUUUUCGCGAUAGCUAUUAGACGUCUCUGGGACCGAUCGAAAGGCACAUAGCGAGUUUCACAAGUAAGAUAAAAGAAUUAAUUAAUUUUCUUGGUGCCAAACUGUGAUACGUGUGGCACACGGCGUGACAUUAUUCAGUUCGGGUGCUGCGCGAUAAACGAUUGUACGCUACGUAGAUAAGGAGUACAACUAUACAGGACGAACAGAGUCUCGGCCGAGGACGGCCAGGUGUGACUAUAACGAAUCGCACGUGUCGCAUCGCGCGCUAUCAGUCCCAUCGACCGCACGAUUGUACCUGCGUAUAUCGGCCAUUAACGCCACCACGUGCGCUCUACCUCUAGACGUAACGACGCUCACGGUGCUUCCGCAUGACAUAUCGGUGUGACGCGGCGCUUCAAAGGGCAGCGGACAAACCAUACAAAGUUGUUAUACGUGUCAAUAUCGUAAUAUCGUUGUAACUGCCUCUCGCUCCGAUCAAAGUUGAAAUAAAAUUACAGAUAUUUUUAAU